GUGCGCGUCGCGCCGGGCGGCGGUGAUGGAGUCGAGCGACGCAGAUGAGCAGUUCAAGGACUUUGUCCGCGCGCAGCCGCGCCGGCAGCCGGAGAAGUUCACAUCGUCGAUGCGGACGUUCUUGCUGUCGCAGGUGAUGGAGAGCUGGGCGGUGGUGACGGACACGCGCAUCGACGACCGCGCCGUCUACAACAAGCGCCGCGUCUGGGCGUCUAUCUCUAGCCAGUUCAACCAGCGCUUCCCCCACUGCCACAAGACGGUGCAGCAGCUGAAGGACCUGUGGAAACGGCAUAGCAUCCAGUUCCGCAAGGAGAGUCGCGAGGAGAUGGCGCUGGAAGACGACGGCGGGCCCGACUCGCUCGGUUCGAUGGCCGUGCCCAACGAGGUGAUGUUCCAGAAGCUACUGGAGUGGCUGGAGUCCAACCCGGGCGGGGACGACCUGGACGAGAUGUCGCCACCGUCGACGGUGAAAGAUGAGACAGACGAACCGCCGCGCAAGCUGUCCCGCCAGCUGGAUGACAUGCCGGCUGACUCGGUCAAGCAGGAGCCUGCGUCAUCGCCUUCCAGCCGAGCCAACACCCCGUCGGCCGAGUCGGCGUGCUCGGCGGAGGACGUGGCCGCCGCCCUGGACGCCUCCUGUCGGAAGUCGGCCGAAGUGUUGUCGAGCGCAGACAAACACUACCUGAUCCAGCGCUGUUUCCGGGCCUAUGACGUCAUCGGCAGCGCGCGGCUCGACUCGCCGGCGCUGCGUCAGAAGCGCAAGACCUGGGUGGAGAUCUGCACCGAGUACAACCGCAAAUUUGGCAGGAGUCUGGGGGUGAGCACUGUCAAGGGCGUGUGGCGACGCUUCGUCAAACAGCGCAAGGAUGACCUGAUGAAGACGCUGAAGCUGCGCAAUAAGGAGGACGUAACCGAGCAGGCGCUGAUGGAGGACAUGAAGGCUUUCCUCACCAGCUACCGGCUGUCGGGCGAGCAGGACGACCGACAGGACUUGCCGCUCUACAAGCAGAUCAAGGCAGACGUCGAGGAACGUCCUCUCACGAUAAGUCACCGAUCGCAGCAGAUGUCGCCAGAGCAGAUCAUCAACCAGCUCCGUAAGCUGGCGCCAGCGCCACCUCCUCUGAGAGCGGCGGACGGUGCUGCCGCUGUGCGGCGACGACCGGCAACUCCGGCGGAGGAGCCCGAUGAAGGUCUGAUGUCGGAAGAAGAUGUCGAGGAGGGCAGCGUGCUGGACCCGCGUGACCGUUUGUGGAGUGAUGUCAGCAUCACGGUAGUGGACCCGGAGAGUCGUCCGGCGUCAGGCGGCCCGCCGCCGGACGCCACGGGCGCUUCUGCGCCGGCCAUCAGCCGGGCGCCGCCGAUGGCCGGGGGCCCGGCGCCGGCAGCGCCCCUGGCGGCCAGCGCGGCAGACGCGGCCGGCCGGCUGGCGCGCGAGAAGCACCAGAUCGAGCUGCUCCACAUGCGCGAGCAGCACCAGAUGGCGCUGCAGCAGAUGCGUGAGAAGCACCAGUGGGAGAUGGAGAAGGCGCGCCUGGAGGCCGAGAUCCUGGGCAUGCAGCGCGAUUACUGGCGGCUGCGGCUGGAGCGGAGCCGAGCUGGUGCUGGGCCGCCGCCUGGCCAGCUCGGCUGAGUGAGGCCACGGACCAUCCUCUAGCCGAGGGGUCAGGUGGGGGGCUUCGCCGGGCCGCCGUGGAAAUUUGCUGUCUGGGUUGGUCUCGGCUAUCAGGAUUUAGAGCGGGCGAGGCUCUUCGUCCUUAGGGCUUGGCGCCUUUGCAGCAACUCUGGGAUGUUGUAGCCGUGUGCUCGCUGAUCAUGCAGAACAACUGAUAUUAUCCGCCCAUCUGUCGUGUUUUCGCAUUAGUAUCGGUGUAUCAUUUCAUUGAAUGAUGGCAGUGACAUGUUUCAGUUAUUUUUAACGGAUGUCAGCGACAAAGGAUGGCCAAAGGUCGGUUAGAGCGUUGUAACAUAUGCCCAGCUCCGGUAUUUCCUGUGACACAGUGUUGUUUUUUAUGCCGCUGAGCUGCUAUUACUAAGGGAGCAAGUUCAUGGAUGUCAUGGUCCAUAAAUUUGGACAAACAUGUUGCUUUACAGCUUUCCCUGCGAUGCUCCGUUAGUGUCUGCAGCUUUGUAAUAAACAUCGUUAAAAUGCA